AGAAAGUUUGACACUUUCAUGAAGAAAAUGUAAAUUCCAAAGAAAUAAUUGUUCUAAUUUAUAACAGGGAAUAAAUCUGCAUGUCCUUCCAUUUCUAAGCAAUCAGAAAGACACUGAACAGCAUGUGCUGUUGCUUCCUUUGUGCUUGAUAAGGCCAUCCAGCUGUUCUGCUGCUGCUGUUAUGCUGCAAGCACAUAUUUGUCAACUAAAAAAGACAAUAAGAAAUUUGUGCCUUAAAAUGUAUUGUUGGAACUUCGUUAAAUUUUGUUCCACUACUGUAAAUGAGCCUGAAACCUCCUUGUAUUUAAUGUUCUUUCUGGUUAAAGCUUUGAUAAACCUAAGGAAUUCUACUCUGAAACCACAAGGCUAAAAAAUCCUUUGUGAUGUAUAGGUAUUGUAAUUUAUAAGUGUUUACACUACUGGGUAAAAUUACCAGACCAUUCUUAGGAGCAGAAAACUACUGGGUGUAAGAAGUAGAGAGGGUGUGUAAUAUGUGUAUUGCAUUAUUUGUAACAUAGUAUAAUAAAAUUAGGCAUUUUAAUUUAAAAGUUGUAUGUUAAGAGGUAUCUGAGUUAAAAUAGGCAUAUUUCUGAAGUUCCUUUUGAAUGGGAAGAAUUGCUUUUCUUUGAGUUUUAUGCAGUAGCAUUGAUACAGAAGAGAUGUUGACUAUCCCUACAAGUAGGAUGAUGGAACUGCCAGCUAAACAAGUGUGUUCAAAGACCCAUUGGCCUUAUUGGCAAUAUCAUCAUUUUGAUUGUUAAUAAUUAUUUCAAAGAUUCUGCAAGUAUCAAAAUGUUCACAUAUUGAUAGUAACUAUGCCUUUGUGAAUACCACAUAAAAAUACCAGAGAAAAGGAAGCAUAAAUUUAAGUUAAUUAGCUUGAAAAACACAGUACUUUAACUAUAAAAAAUGAGUUCUGAACUUUUGUUUUUCAAACAGUGGAAAUUCAUAAUAGGAAAUUAAUCAGCUAUCUCAGACUAGAUUUGCUGAGUAGUACAUUAAUAAGGCUUACUGGCUUUACUUUACAGUACACAAGGAGCAUUUUUUUCAAAUUUUUCCCCCUGUAUCUCUAGCAUUUGUUUGUCUUUUUAUCUUCACUAAGACAACCUGGUAACUGCAGAAUUUUGGUAACCAUCUCUAGCUUUCUCUUUUCUUUUUCUUUUUUUUCUUCGUAAUUUCAAAAUAGUAAAAGGGUACAAAUGUUUUUGUUAUAUAGCUUGAGUUCAGGCUAUAAAUGUACCCAUUACCCAAAUAGUGGUCAUUAUCCUGAUAGGUGAGUUUUUCUCCCUCCCUCUCCCUGCUUGAUUUCAGUGACUUUUACUUCCUCCUAUGCACUUGUGUGUCCAUCAGUUCCAGUUUAUUAGGGUGUACAUGUGCCACAGCACUCUACCGAGGGCCAUAAAGUGAGACUCUGUUCUCUACAAAAAAAAAAAAAAAAAAAGAAAGGGAAAUAGAGUGUACAUGUGGAUUUUGUUUUGCCAUUCUUGAGAUACUUUGCUUAGGAUAAUGGUCUCUAAUUCCUUCCAAAUUGCUACAAAACCCUUAAGAAAACAAUAUGAAGAUUUCUUAAAGAAUUAAAAGUAGACCUACCCUUUGAUCCAGCAAUCCCACUACUAGGUAUAUACCCAAAGAAAAAGAAGUCAUUUUAUCAAAAAGAUACCUGCAUUCGAAUGUUUAUUGCAGCACAUUUCCGAAUUGCAAAGAUCCGGUAUCACUGAAGUGCCCAUGAAUUCAUGAGUGGAUUAACGUGUUAUAUGUAUACCAUGGGGUAGUAUUCAGCCAUAAAAUAGGAUGAAUUAAUGCCUUUUGCCUUUGUCUUUUCUUUGACCUCUUUGACUUCAUUGCCCUUGUUGAUACCCUCAGACUAGUCUGUCUUUUAUAUUUUUCUUCCUGCUACUUUUGUCUCUAGGUUUAUAGAAAUACUGUUUAGUUGAAUUCACAAUAAACUGUGCAAAGCCAGUUUUACUCUUUCACUUCUCAUGAGGAGUAGUGACUCGGGACCCUAGCGCUUUCAAGAAAUGGUAAUGUUGAUGUGACCUUGGGAAAGACAUAUUGCUUCAUUGAGCCUCACUUUCUCAUCUAUAAAAUGGUAUCCAAUAGGAAAAGCACUCUCCGGUCUUCCUCUACAGAACUGGAUGGUUCCUACUUGAGUGUUGCCAGACCACAAACCUACUAUCAAACCAAGCAGAGACCUAAGUCUGCAAAUCAGGAUUCAGCUUCAAAAUCCUUUCUGGAGUAUAGAAACAAUUCUUUGAAACCAGUAACUCUUCAUCAUUCCAAAGAGGAUGUAGAUAGGGUACCAUCAUUAACCAGAACAGGUAAUUAUGAAUCUCUUGGGAGAAAACCAACUGAUGCAGAAAAAGCUCUACCAGAAGAACUGAAGAUGAAGGAAUGUCCACACCUUACACGUACUCCAUCUAUUCAGUGCUGUGGUCACAGACUCUCUGAAAAUGAUCAUGGUCAUGAGAGCCAUCCCACAAACAUAGCCCCUCAACAUCUUAAGACACGUGCAGAAUCCUGCAGUUAUUGUGGGCUUUCUUGGUCAGCUCUGAUGCAUGGUGGGAGGUCACUGGAUCCCAGUGAAAUUGAUGUCAAAAAGCAGCUCUCGGAAGAAAGAAGGCAGCAACUGAUGCUUCAGAAAAUGGAACUGGAAAUUGAAAAGGAGCGCCUUCAGCAUCUGCUGGCCCAGCAGGAGACAAAGCUUCUCCUAAAGCAACAGCAACUUCAUCAAUCUCGACUGGAUUACAAUUGGUUAAGAACUCAAGCUGUGUUUAAAUCAAGAGAACUGGCUACUGACAAAGAGCUUACAAACGUCCAAGAAUUCAAUCUGGAUAUGAAUGGGAAUGACUCUGUACCAAGUUUAUUAAAGUCAAAAUGUGAUAGCUGUCUGCUUGGAACAUCACCAUCCACUAAAAAGUUCCAAGACUCCAUGAACAGUGGAGAAAAUAAGAAGGACAAGAUAGCUGGCUUGCUGUCCCAUGUGGAAGAUGAUGCCCUAUGGAUGUGUCAAAAGAAAGAUACAUAUAGAUCCCCAAAAGGAACGAUGACAGGAGUUAGAAAAGAUGCCUCCACAUCUCCUAUGCCAACAGGAAGCCAAAAGGAGCUGGUGACCACAUCCUCAUCAUCAUUCCAACACAGCACUUCCCGGUAUGAGACAUCUCUGUUGGAUUUGGUUCAGUCUCUGAGUCCUAAAUCUGCUCCCAAACCUCACCCCCAUCCCUCCAGAGACGUGGGGGCCUGGAAUCACAGCACAUACCAACUGAGUCCUCUGAAACCCACCUGGAGGAAGAGGGGGCCAGGCAGGACUCCUGAAGACCUGGAGGAGGACCAGAUUCUAGAAGAUAUAUUUUUCAUUUGACACUAAAGCAAAUGCCACAAAAUUUCUACAGGAAAUUUUUGGACUUCUUCCUUUAGUGAUCUAGGAUUUUAAAUUAUUUGAUUGUGAAAUAAUUUGAUCUCUCCUUUCACAAGGACCUAUUUCACUGGCUUCCUGUUAUGUAUUGAAUAUACAAACAUUCUAACAACCCAAGGUGUUUUCAAUCAGACCAACCAGUAGCUAACACACGAAGAGGGGAUGGGGGGUGGGGCAGUAUCUUUUCUAUGCCAAACAGAGAUUAGAAAAUUUACAUAGGUGCUCGCUUCGGCAGCACAUAUACUAAAAUUGGAACGAUACAGAGAAGAUUAGCAUGGCCCCUGCACAAGGAUGACACGCAAAUUCGUGAAGCGUUCCAUAUUAAAAAAAAAAGAAAAAGAAAAAGAAAAUUUACAUAGGAUUCUUUCUGCACAGCAGAGACUAUUGCAUAUUCAGCCUCAUUUCAAGAGUGUUUCCUUCUCAAUCUUCUGCUGAAAAAGGCUGGCUUACUUUUGUGCACAAGGAAAAACCUUUUCACUGAAAAAUUCUAUAAUUAAAAAGUAACCCCUUUGCAACAUAAAAACAUAAGCAAUUUUAGAAAUACAGACAUUUCCAACCUGUUCUGUCACCACUACCUUAGUAAUUGGUCAUUUAAUUUUGCAUUUGAUGCCCCUACCAUCAUGAGCAAUACUUGCAGCCCAAUUGUGGGUCAGUCUCAGCAGUCAUCACCCUGGCAACUGUUUAUCCCAAAACCAAAGGGCUCAAUGGGCAGACACCCAACCAACCCUUGGAAAUAGGCCACAUUAAAUCACAUAAGGAAUGAUUGUGCUGGUAAAUGCAGUGGAGGCAUAUGUCUGAAACACUUUUCUUCCAUUUUUCAAGUGACCACCCUUCCAAUUUCCCAUAGAAAUAAGAUCAAUCUGUACGUAUUUCUUUUUGACCCAAGUGUCCAGUUUAUUCACCCUCCAUCAUCACAUGCACCCUUUUUUUAGUUUCAGAAUUUUACAGGGGUACAAACGUUUUGGUUACAUAUAUUGCUUUUGUACCAUUGGGAUAAUACUGCCCAUCACGCAGAUAGUAUGCAUUGUACCCAUUAGGUGUGAAUUCACCCAUCCCUUCCUCCCUCCUCCAAUCUACUUGAUUUUUUUUUUUUUCAACUAUAAGACAGAGUCUCACUAUGUCGCCCUUGGUAGAAUGCUGUGGCAUCAUAGCUCACAGCAAUUUCAAACUCUUGGGCUUAAGCGAUUCUCUUGCCUAAGCCUCCCAAGUAGCUGGGACUACAGGUGCCAGCCAGAACACCCAGCUAUUUUUUGUUGCAGUUGUCAUUGUUGUUUAGCUGGCCUGGACCAAGUCCAAACCCACUACCCUCCGUGUAUGUGGCUGGUGCCAUAAGCACUGUGCUACGGACGCUGAGCCAAUCUACUUGAUUUUUGAUGAGUGUUAUUUCUAUAUGCACACAGGAGUAUUGAUUGAUUUGUUCCAAUUUAACAGUGAAUUCAACCUCAAUGGAAAGUAGUAUGGAGAUACCUCAAAGAACUGAAAGUAAACCUACCAUUCGAUCCAGCAAUCCCACUAUUGGGUAUUUACCCAAAGGAAAAAACAACAUUCUAUAAAAAAGACACCUGCACUCAAAUGCUUACAUUUGGGUGGAAACAACUCAAGUGCCCACCAAUACAUGAGUAUAUUAAUAAAAAUGUGGUAUAUGUAUACCAUGGAGUACUACUCAGCCAUAAGAAAAAAGUGAACUAAUAACUCUUGUAUUAACUCGGAUGGAACUGGAGACCAUUCUUCUCAGGGAAGUAUCCCACAAGAAUGGAAAAAAAUCACAUGCAGUCUUGUGAACUUCCAAUGGUUGUGCCUGGGCACGAUGCCACGAGAAGGAAAAUGACACCCAGCUGCUGCAGGCUGAUAGGUUUCUUUGGCCCUCCCUUCCCUCCAUGAGGAUUAAAGGUCAUGGGUUGACCAGAUUCUGCAUGUGCUCUACUUAGAGUCACUAACCCCAUGGCCCAAAGAACCAUCUCCAUUUUUCAGAUUAUGCUCCACCACCCAAACAGGGUCUCCUCCCUUUCCCACUGGGCCUCACUUUGACCCAGAGAAAGCCUGUGGAAAUACAACUGAGGCCACUGGGCCUCACUUUGACCCAGAGAAAUCUUGUGCAAGUACAACUGAGGCCUUUUUUUCUCUUCUGCCUUUCUAUUCGGCAGGCUUGAUAUGGGUCCUUCAGCUUGCAGUAGGCUCUGGCAGCCACAGAAGCUGAUGGGCAGUGUCAUGAGCCUGGCAGAGCCAGUGACUCUAAAACUCUCCAGUCAUUGGAAACAAGGGGUAGAUAUGUUCCCGGAUGUGUAUUACUUGGCAACUUUAAUUGAUCUGAGGCUUUUUACCUCUUUGUUUUACCAAGCCCAGACGUAACCCGGGAGCAAGACUUGGUCAGUGUUGGUAGCCAUGGUUGGGCUUCCCAGGGCAACGGGCACAAAGUGAGCCUACAUGGCUUCUCUGAAUUCUUUGUUUAUGAAAACGAGAUUAUCUCAGUCGAGAAAAACUUUGUUGAGCAGCCUCCCUGUCCAGAUAGAUUCAAAUCUCAUGUCUCUUCAGGCUGAGCCUGGACCUGUCAACUCUAUCCAGGCUUUCUUUAUUUGGGUCUUUUUCUUCUCUGGAGAAGAGAAAAAUGGAGCUCACCAAUAUCAUAUUUUUUUGUAUUAAUAUUAAAUCAUAGCUGUGUACAUUAAUGUGAUUAUGUGGCACCAUACAUUGGUUUUAUAAACAGUUUGACACAUUUUCAUAACACUGGUUAAUAUAGUCUUCCUGGCAUUUUCUUGGUUAUUGAGUUAAGACAAUUAUAUUCUACAUUUACUAGUUUCACAUGUACCCUUGUAAGAUGCACUGCAGGUGUAAUCCCACCUAUCAGCCUCCCUCCGCUCAUCCUCCCCCUUCCCUCCUCUCCCUCUCCCCAUUCCCCAUAUUCUUAGGUUAUAACUGGCUUUCAUAUGAAAGCCAAAAAUUAGUUUCAUAGUGGGGCUGAGUACAUUGGAUACUUUUUCUUCCAUUCUUGAGAUACUUUACUAAGAAGAAUAUGUUCCAGCUCCAUCCAUGUAAACAUGAACGAGGUAAAGUCUCCAUCUUUCUUUAAGGCUGCAUAAUAUUCCAUGGUGUACAUAUACCACAGUUUAUUAAUCCAUUCGUGGAUCGAUGGGUACUUGGGCUUUUUCCAUGACUUAGCAAUUGUGAAUUGGGCUCCAAUAAACAUUCUGGUGCAAAUAUCUUUGUUAUAAUGUGAUUUUUGGUCUUCUGGGUAUAUACCUAGUAGAGGAAUUAUAAGAUUGAAUGGCAGGUCUAUUUUUAGAUCUCUUAAGUGUUCUCCAAACAUCUUUCAAGAAGGAAUGUAUUAAUUUGCAUUCCCACUAGCAGUGCAGAAGUGUUCCCUUUUCUCCACAUCCACGCCAACAUCUCUGGUCUUGGAAUUUUGUGAUAUGGGCUAAUCUUACUGGAGUUAGAUGGUAUCUCAAGGUAGUUUUGAUUUGCAUUUCUC